CGCCGCGGGAACACACCCAACCCGCCGAGAGAGAGAGAGAGAGAGAGAGAGAAAGAGAGAGACAGGGAACAACGGAGACGUGAAAAGGAGCACAAAUGGAUAUACGGACAGCAGGUGUAGCUGUGUUCCUGGCUUCUUCCAUCGCAUCGACAGAGGCUGCAGGCCUGGGGGGGAUUAAUGACCCCAGAUACUGCUACGCCCUGGAUGUGGUCCUCCUGCUGUACUGUGUAUUCAUCACAGCUCUCUUGCUGCGAGAGAAGUUCUGCAAACCCAAAGCCAGCCCCCAAGACAGCCUGUAUUCGGACCUGAGUCCCCAUGGCGAUCCCUAUCAGCAGCUCCGGCGUGAUAACGAUCUGGAGACGGGAGCCGCGCGGGCGAAUCACAGACUGACUGGAGAUGAAGUGUACACGAGACUGCAGAAACCCGAUAUUGACACGUACAACCAGCUCCAGGUGAAGCCAGAGCGACGCAGAAACAAGGGCGAACAGGUGUACCAGGGUUUGAACACCGUCACCAAGGAUACCUACGAGUCGCUGAAGAUGCAGCCGAUGCCACGCCCCCGCUAAGAAUGCACGUGACCUCUGACCUUUCCACAGUCUCAGCUAGCCAAUGGGAGGAGGCUAGCCUUCACCUGCACGGGCAAAUCCAAUCAAUCAGUAAAUAGAGUUAUUUUAAACACUGGGAUUGUUGAGUUUUAAGGCGAAUUGUUACAGAUUCUUUAUUAAGGGGGCAGGUAUGUCAGUUUUUUACUCAGUAUUAUUUCAGCAGUAUUGAAUACUGAACACUUCCCACAUCUCUAAAUGCACAUGUAUUUUUUACUCAUGUAUUUGUCAGAACUGUUUAUUUUCUGUGAUAACAUUUUUGCUUUGUUUUUGUAUCAUAGUGCACAACAAAAACAAUGUAGGCAAUGCUAAUUACCCCCGACACCCCCCCCUCACUCCUCCAUGCUCUCCAUCUCCUACUCCCCAGUCCCUGUUUUAUCCAUGAGCCAGAGGUCAUUAAGCUCAGUGUAACAGACAGUAGAGACUGUCACCAUGGCAGCACGUGGGGCUGCAGUGCCCCUAGCAGGUUGAAUCAGGUACUGCACAUUUUACUGGCCAUUACGGCUUCAUGCAUUUCUGGUUUCAGAUCAAAUGUGCACGUCUUGUGUUGAAUGGCUUUCAGUUCACUUGCUUGUGAUUAUUUUAUAUACUGUCCAAAUGUACAUAGGUUCCCAUCUGAGCGGGAAAAUGCCAUAUUUAAGCUUGCUCAUUAUUUCUCACUUUCAGAUGUAAAACUGCAAUUAUGCAUUUCAUUACAUUUCUAUGAAAUACACUUUGUAUGUUUGAUGUCUUUAAUUAUUUCCUGGAGAUGAUUUCUUCAAGUUGAUUAAAUAUAGGUGAACUAUCAAA